AUGCUACCCGCCUCGGGCUUCGGGCGGGCCCUCCGUGAAGCUGCUCCGAGCCUGUCGAAGCGUUUCUUCGACUGCAGUAGUCGUCGACACGCCUCUCUACUAGGCCAGUCUCAGCAUGUGACGGCUUUCAAGACGGAAAGGCGAAGCGCAUCAACCUUGCCGAGUCGCUGCCUCAGUACUACGCCGAAAUCAUCAAACCGACGCACGCAGUUCUUACACGCAUGUUCUCGGACUAGCCAGGCCGAUGUGCGUCGAGAGGCAACGAGUCGGUUCGACCGGGCGUUUUCGAUCUCCUCCAGAACAAGUACGACGGCCUCUGAAGCGACGAUACGGGAUACAGCAAAGAGCUCGGUAGAGGGGUCAGGUCAAGGUGCAGAAAGCGAAAGCAAGAGCAAGAGCAGGAAAUCCUCAUUCCCAGACACGUCGUCGAAUACCGUGGCGUACUGGCUUCUGGGCAGCGCCGCGAGCGUCUUUGGCAUUGUGGUGUUUGGAGGCCUCACGAGGCUAACAGAGUCCGGGCUCAGCAUUACAGAAUGGAAACCCGUGACUGGUUCGCUGCCGCCCAUGUCGCAAGAAGACUGGGAGGCCGAGUUCGCAAAGUACCGAUCGAGUCCCGAAUUCAAGCUGCUCAACUCCCGCAUGACGCUCGACGAAUUCAAGUCGAUCUACUGGAUGGAAUGGAUCCAUCGGCUCUGGGGCCGCUUCAUCGGCAUCAGCUUCGUGGUUCCCGCCGUCUACUUUGUCGCACGGAAGCAAGUUUCACGAUCCAUGGCCUGGCGACUAUUAGGGAUUGCAGGCCUGAUUGGAUUCCAAGGGUUCAUUGGCUGGUGGAUGGUCAAGAGCGGGUUGAAGGACGACCUGUUCGCACCGGGCUCGCACCCGCGUGUCUCUCAAUACCGACUCACCGCACACUUGGGCACCGCGUUCAUCUGCUACCUGGCGAUGCUGUGGAGCGGGCUGGACAUCCUCCGCACGAACAAGCUUCUCCGCGCGCCCGCGGACGUGGCUGAAGCGUCGCUCAAGGCUCUGCGCAAUCCAGCCCUGAGACCGUUCAAACGCUCGGUCGGCCUGCUCGCCGGCCUGAUCUUCCUGACCGCCAUGUCCGGCGGGCUCGUCGCCGGACUGGACGCAGGACUGAUCUACAACGAAUUCCCCUACAUGGGCCUGGGAUUGACGCCGCCCAAGUCUGAGCUGUGGGACCCCUUCUACAGCCAUACUCCGGACCACUCGGACCUGUGGUGGCGCAACAUGCUGGAGAACCCGAGCCUCGUCCAGCUCGACCACCGCAUCCUCGCCACCACCACCUUCACCGCGGUCAUGGCGCUCUGGGCGUACUCGCGCUCCGGCGCAAUGCAGAAAGUCCUCCCCGCGGCGGCCAAGCGCGGCGUUCACGGCGUCGUCGGCUUCGUCUGGUUGCAGGUCAUCCUGGGCAUUUCCACCCUCUGGUAUCUCGUCCCCACCAGCCUUGCGAGCGCCCAUCAAGCAGGCAGUCUGGCCCUGUUGACCUGGACCGUCGUUCUGGGCAGUCGUGUCUGGCUCCCUUCUCGCGCCGCGCACAUUCUGGCCCAGAGAAUGCAGCAGAAUAUCGGCACCGCUGGGCAUUACCACGCUACUCUCUCUGCCGCCAAUGGCAGCGGCAGCGGCGCCACUGUUCUCGCAGCAACCGUGAUGCCCGCGGUCACGGCUCUCGGGCUUAUGCUCAGCACAAACGCGGAGAAUGGCUUGCGGACGCAACUGCGAGGCCGUCAGGAAAGUCAGCAUCUCACAUCCGGAUCUGACAAGGGUGGACAGCAAUAA